ACGUGUCAAAUCAACGGCUCUCAUAGAAUAUGCUGAGUUGAGUUUGAAGACAGAAGUAACCACACUUUGACAGUGCAUGUUAUAGUUUUUACAGUCAGUGUUUUCUCUAAUUACUAAUUGUCUAAAUACUUAAAACUAGUUCCAGCCAAUUUUUUUUAUUGUAAUAAUUUUGCACAAAAGGAUCAUAAAAGUAGACUUAUGCAUCAUAUUCCAAGUCCUCCGAAGGCAUCGAUUUUGGUGAGAAACAACCCAAAAUGUUAUCUAGCAGGCUCUAGGCCUCUUGCAUCACAAUGGCUAACAAGCCAGACUCUGCCAAUCCCAGCCAUGCUCUUUUUGACUGCUUUGUUAAGGCUCAGACGUGUAAAGAGGCGCAGCAGAGCUUCAGCGAGCUUUGUCGCCACCUGGAGUUGGAUCCUAGAGACUACAAGCUCUUCUACAGCAAACUGAAGGACAGACUGAACUACUGGAAGGCCAAAGAGCUCUGGCAGAAGAUAGACAACAGAGCUGCCCAUCCGGACUAUGAAGAGGGUAAAGCAUGUCACCAAAACAAGUGUUUAGUGUUGGGUGCAGGCCCCUGUGGUUUGAGGACCGCUAUAGAGUUGGCCCUACUGGGUGCUCAAGUAGUUGUACUGGAGAAAAGAAGGUCUUUCACCAGAAAUAACGUUCUACACCUGUGGCCCUACACCAUUCGAGACCUCCGUAACCUUGCCGCAAAGAAAUUCUAUGGUCGAUUCUGCUGUGGCACCCUUGACCACAUCAGUAUCCGUCAGCUGCAGUUGAUUCUGCUGAAACUCGCUCUGGUUUUGGGAGUUGAGGUUCACACAGGUGUAAGCUUUGAACGUCUGGUUGAGCCAUCAGGAAACACAGGAUGGAGGGCAGAAGUAUCACCUAAGCCCCACCCAGCUGCUACUUUUCAGUUUGAUGUCUUUAUUUCAGCUGGAGGAGGAAGAUAUGUGCCUGAUGGUUUUAAGAUAAAGGAGCUAAGGGGGAAGUUGGCCAUCGGGAUCACCGCAAACUUUGUAAACCGUCACUCUAAAGAAGAAGCUCAGGUGCCGGAAAUCAGCGGAGUGGCCAGAAUAUACAACCAGACAUUCUUCCAACAACUCCAGUCUCAGACAGGCAUUGAUCUAGAGAAUAUUGUCUACUACAAAGAUGAAACUCACUAUUUUGUCAUGACUGCCAAGAAGGCGAGCUUGUUAAAGAAUGGAGUUAUAAAGCAGGACUUCACUGAUGCAGAACAGCUUCUUUCACCCUCAAAUGUCAACCAGGAGGCCCUGCUUCAUUACGCCUACGAAGCCGCUGACUUCUCCACUGAGCACAUGCUGCCAGAUCCGGAGUUUGCAUGCAAUCACGCGGGCCAGCCAGACGUGGCCAUGUUUGACUUCACUUCCAUGCACAGAGCAGAGAACGCCUCUCUCGUGAAGGAGAGGAAAGGCAAGAAGCUGCUCAUCGGACUGGUGGGAGACUGUCUAGUGGAGCCAUUUUGGCCUUUGGGGACCGGCAUUGCUCGUGGUUUCCUGGCUGCAUUUGACACCGCGUGGAUGGUCAGGAAUUGGGGCAAAGGUGUGUCGCCCCUGCAGGUGCUGGCGGAAAGGGAGAGUGUGUAUCAGUUACUCUCUCAAACAACUCCAGAAAACACCGGCAAGAACUAUAAUGCAUACAGCAUUGAUCCGUCCACACGAUACCCAAACCUCAAACCGUCCUCUAUCAAACCAAAACAGAUCCAGCAUCUGUAUGACAAAGAGGAAAAUUGUGAUAUCAGCAAACCCAACAAGCAAAGGAAACCUGCCAUAAAAGCAAAACCUAAACAAGAGUCUAUCCGGCGUCUGGAGGAGCUGUUGUCCUGGUGUAAGAGGAACACUGAAGGGUAUGAGCAAGUUAAGGUGAAGGAUCUGAGUGAGUCCUGGAGGUCUGGUCUGGCUCUCUGCGCUCUCAUACACCACUUCAGACCUGAACUCAUUGAUUUGUCCCAUUUAGAUGAGUCUAAUGCAGCUAAAAACAUCCAGUUGGCCUUUGACCUUGUGGAGAGGGAGUUAGGCAUUGCCCCAGUCAUGCGUGCCAGUGAUAUGAGCAGUAAAAUCGACCAGCUCUCAAUGGUGGUCUACCUCACCCAGAUCCGUAAUGCUCUCACAGAGAAAGAGACACCAGCAGAUCGCUCAAACAGUCUCUCGCCCCACAACAAGACCCUCUCCCUGUCCAGAACCCGAUCGGCCGUCUUCUUCAUCAACAAACUCAAGCAUAACUCCCUCCAAAGACGCAAGGAGCGACUGGCAUCAGAACGAAUAUCAAGAAAGGAAAAGAUGAAGGAGAAAGAAGAGGAGAAGGAUGUGAAACAGGAAGAACCUGUACCGCCCAUGCCAUCAUUGGAUACAUGCGGCAGUGAGCUCUGUUAUUUCUGUCAGGAGCAUUUGUAUGUGCUGGAGAGGGGAAGCGCUGAGGGCAAGUUCUUCCACCGGAGCUGUUUCAAAUGUAAUAAGUGUGCCACCACCCUGCGGCAGGGCGGAUACACUUUCCACUCCGACACAGGGAGGUUUUACUGUGAACUGCACUCUGAGGCUGAUGAAGAGGAAGGUGAUGAAGAUCACAGAGGCUCACAGGAUCAUACUGAGAAUGGCCAUAGUGACAGAGAGAAUGAAAACAAGACACAGAAAGGUGAAACUGUGCAGAUUGGAUCCCCAUUGCAUCCCGUCUCAGUCAGACGGAAGGGCUCAUAUAAGAUUUCCAUUGAUCCAGACUUUGAAGAAUCAACAGAGUGCCCUACACCCACAGAACAAGAAGACCAACCAUUAUCCAAUCCUGAGGACUCAAAAGAGCUCAUUCCAGAGAGCCAAUCAGAAACCACAAGUGUAGAAGACCACCAAAACAAUGGCAGCCAGUCCAUUCCUGUCCCAGCCCCUCGAAAUUCUCGAAGUUCACUAUACCCACCUCUCCCAAAACCUCGCACAGUCCAUAACGUGGUACCACAAGCUUCAAACACUCCUGAAGACCAAGACCAGAACCCAGAAGAGAAGAAUGGUCAUCAUGAACUUACUCCAGACCCCAAACCCAGACAUUCUUUGCGCAAACUUCAACUGAGCAAAGACGAAAAGUCCGACUUGCUCAACCUGAGCUUCAGCCAGGACUCCGAUCCUGAAACUCCUGCCUCAUCCUCUGCUGCCUCCACUUCCUCUUCCUCCAAGCAGCAUGAAGGAGGUGAGGAGGAAGGUUACUGGAGCGGAGGUACUGCGGCAGGGAAGAGAUUGUGGAAACCAAGGAACCGCCAUUGUGUGAGGAGGAAGAGUGAGCCGCCGACCUCUUUUCAAUCACAGCACAGAAAGAUCCGGUCCAAGUUCUCCCCCUGGAACCUAUCCUCACCACGCAUACAACAGCGGUUCAGUGUGCUCCGAUUUGGACCUUCAGGACAAGCUCAACCAGACCAUUACGUGUCAGAAGAUGACAAUGAAGAUGUUGAUGAUGAUGAAGAAGAGGACGAAGAGGAUCUUGAGGCAGAAGAUCAUUUUCUGGAUUGUAAAGGUGGCCAUUUUGAGAUCUCCGAGGCUGAGAAAAGAAACCUGAUGAAGAUGAGAACCCUGGAGCGGAAAGCCAGGACGAGCGAAAUCCAGCGUUUCCACAAGGCUCAGUCGAUUCAGAGGAGGCUGGAUGAAAUAGAGGUGAACUUCAAAGAUCUGGAGGACAAAGGAGUGGUGCUGGAGAGAGCUUUGAGAGGAGAAGCUGUUUCAGAUGACUGUGAAACGAUCGAUCAGUGGAUUGAUCUGGUCCAGGAGAAGAACACUUUGCUUUCUGAGGAGUCGGAUCUCAUGGUGGCGUCUCGACAGAUGGAACUGGAAGACAAACAGAGCAUGUUAGAGAUGGAGCUACGGCGAUACAUGGAGAUGGAUGACUCCGAGAAAUCCCCUGAGCUGAGAGCACAUGAGGAGCAGAUCCUGCAGGAGAUGCUGGACGUGGUGGAUAUGAGAGAUUCACUUGUGGCUUUCCUGGAGGAGAAGAGACUGAAGGAACUCGAUGAAGAAAUGCUGGGGAAUGCAAUGCUGGAAUCCAAGAGACAUUCCACUGCAACAUCACAGGUGCACUUGGCCUAAGAGACCAUAAACACACACACAUGCUUCCCAAAGCAUCGUAUUUGAGUAUAAACACACUUAACUAGAUCUUAACGAUAUACAGAUUGCAUUAGCCUAUAUAAACAUGAAAACUUGCAUGCACAAAUGCAUAUAUUGCACACCUUUGUGCGAAGACUCUGUACCUUGAAAACCAAAGACGUAUCCUUGGAGUUAAAGCUGCAACCUCACGAUUUGCAGGCAGAACCUUUUGAGAAUUCUGGUGCCAGCCACGACGGUUUCACUCCUAUAGAAAUCUGCGUUAAACAGAUACCGAAUUCUGACUGAAUUCUGAAGACUGUACCGAAUGUUCUGGAACUACACAAGCGUCGCAGCAUUCACUCCCUGGACAGUGUCGCACAAAACCAACUUGAAAUCAAAUACACGUACUUUGACGCUGAAACAGCUGCAGCACGUUGGACUUCACAUGACACUUGACUUUUGCGAUUAUCUUACUUUUAUAAGAGUUGUCUUUCAAGGUCAUAGAUGUUUCAGAUAUCUAAAUGUCCAUGCGAUUGUUAUUAAAAGAUAUUAUAUGGAAAAGUAUAUCAUAUUUGAAAGAAAUAGUGAAACCUUAUGCCAGUAUCAUAUCUUCAACAGCACUUGCAUUGUAAAAUUAGAAAUAUAUUAUAGCUUUGCAACGUUUAGGUAUUCAAUAUCAAAAUGAGCUUUUGUGCAAUGUACUAUGUAUUUUUUCCAUGUAAGUAAUUGUAUUUUGUUAUAACUAUUAUUAUUAUCAAGAUUUAGCCAUUAUUAUUCAUUGUUUUGAUAUUUUUUGCAUGAUUAUGGUUUUGAUUCUCAGGUGAACAUCUGCCUAUUUGGAAUUACAUAUAAUUGCAUAUCAUUAUUUAAAAGUAUUUUUACAUAAUACUUGAAUCCAUUUUAGGGAGGCACAAAGGAAGUGCGCUGAAAUCUAACAAGGCCUCUACGUGUCUGGGAUUUUAGUGACACAGUUAGCAAAUUUCCUUUGCUGUACACAUAUGAAAUUCCCACAUAGAGUUAGAACUUGAGAACACUGGUACUUUUGCUGUGUUUGAUAAAGUCAGAUCUUUGCAGAACUGAGAAUAAUUUGUGCCAUAUCUGUUUGUCUGAGGAAAUUUGUGGUACUUUAGUAUUUUGGGAACAGUGGUGUAAUUUUGCUGUUUGCUUUUUGUCACUAGUUGUGUUUCUUUCUUUAAAUAUUUUAAGUACACACACAAGUAGUUUUUCUUUUCAUAUGGGGACACACAUUCACUGAAUACGCUAAUAAAAUAUAUUUAACACUUUA